CAUCGAGACUACCUGUAAGGUCCUGGAUGUGCGGUAUAGGAUACCUAUCUGCAACUGUGCACUUGUUCAGCGCCCGGUAGUCUCCGAAAGGCCGCCAGUCACCGCAUUUCUUGGGCACCAUGUGGAGAGGUGAGGCCCACUGACUUUCGGAAGGACGGAUGAUACCAAGUUCGAGCAAGUGCUCGAAUUCCGCCUUAGCGGCUUUUAGCUUAUCAGGGCGAGACGUGGCCGUGCAGAAACCGGUGGGCGACGAGUUCGUAUAUGGUGAAUAACGCUAGAUGCGACCGGAAGCGUAGCGUCAGCUGAGUGGACCAGUUGCGGAAACUGUCUGAACAGCUCUAAAAUUCCUUAUUAGCUUCGGGCUGAAUGUGAAUGGAAGUGACAGAAACACAAGAUGUGAGAACUCCACAUGUGAAAAGCUGGGUCUUUUUGUCAACGAGUUUGCGAUGACGCUUAUCGACGAGAUCGAUGUGUUAAAGGAAGUCGAUACCCAAUAUAGCGAACGGAACAGUAGCAAUGGUGAAAAUCCAUCGAAACUGAUGUCGUAUUUCGAAGUCGAUGGUAAGGGAGCGUUGACCGAAAACUCGGAUAGCAGUGCCAUUAGCGGCACGCAAGUUGGUUGUCUGUGGCUUAGUCGCGUCGUUUGGAACCGGUGGGAGCACGCUAACUUCCGCCCCGGUAUCAACCAGGAACAUGAUCCUGGUGUUCCUAUUAACGAUUUUGAAGAGGCGACUUGGACGACUUCGGCCGACGACGUUCGUCGCCACUAUGUGUCG